AUGCGUCGUGUCGGUUUCAACAUCAACCAUCUUCGCCGAAGAAUGAGCAGUGAUCACUUCUUUGGCGAAACCGCUAAGUCCGCACAGCUGUCCAGAAGAGAAGCCUUCCCGCGUUUCUACCAAUGCAAAGGUCUGCACGAGCGAGGCGAUCAGAACGCUAGAACUGGCGCCGACAGAACCGGAUGGGAACCUGUGAUGGGCCGAUUUGGCGUAGGAGAAAUGAACAACAAUGGUUUGCGGCUGCUUUCGUUUGCCACGUUCAAUGAUCUGGUCAUCGGCAAUAGCCUAUACCAGCAUGCACGAAAGCAUCAGCUGACAUGGAGAAAUCCAUCUGGUCACGAUUCAGCAGUCCUGGACUAUGUACUAAUCAAUUCUCGAUACAGGUCAUCGCUAAAGGAUGUGCGUGCAAUGAGAGGCCCGGAUUGCGGAUCAGAUCACUACCUACUACGAGCAGUCGUGCAGCUCCGCCUACAGUGUGCUAAGCGAGGUAAACGCCAACCGAAAGUAGACUGGGAGCAACUUUUGAAGCUGGAGGUGAAGCAAGGCUUCCAAAUUGCACUGUCAAAUCAGUUUGCUGCGUUCACGGAAGUGGGAACGGUGGACGAGGAAGAACGGCAGACUGCAAAAGUCAUUACCGAAUGUGCUACACAACUGUGCCCAGUUUUGCGCCGACGGACUAAACCAUGGAUCUCGGACGAAACAUUGCAGUUGGUUGACAAAAGGAGGAAGGUGAAGCUGACGAAUGGCACUACGUAUCAGCUACUCAGUAAGGAGCUCCGCAAGAGACUAAAAACAGAAAGGGAGGCCUACUGGAACGCAGUAGCGGAGGAGCUCGAAGAAUCGGCAUCCAAACACGAGUAUCGCAUGCCGUAUCAAAUUCUGAGAAGACUGUGCGGCAAAACCAGAGCAUGCGGAACCUUCAUCAAAGACGCAAGUGGCAAACUCGUGAAAGCCAGUACCGAUAGAGAUGCCACAGGAACCAACACACGAGGCGGCGCCAAGUAUGGAGGAAGUGAGGGCGGCGGUGAUGUCGCUGAAUGA